AUGGCCGGGACACUGGAAGGCAGCACGGAUCUCAUCACACAGCAGGGCCUCCCUAGAGAGCAGGUGUGUGGUAAGUGUGGUGAACGUGGCAGAGGUUUCAGUCAGCAUUCAGAGCUUCACCAGCAUCAGGGAAUUCGCAGCAAUACGAAGCCCUAUAAAUGCCGAGAAUGUGGGAAAGCCUUCAGAUAUAACUCAAAACUGUCACGGCACCAGCAAAUCCACCCUGGGGAGAAACCAUACUCAUGUCAGGAAUGUGGACAAGCCUUUGGUCAGAAUUCACACCUCCUUCAGCAUCAGAAACUCCAUGGUGGAGAGAAGCCCUAUGAAUGUAAGAACUGUGGGAAAACCUUCAGUUACAACUCAAAACUUACCCGGCACCAGCGAAUCGACACCAGGGAGAAACCCUUUAAAUGUAAGGCUUGUGGGAAGGCUUUCCGAUGUAGCUAUGACGGCAUCAUCCAUGAGUGAAGAAUCCACACUGGGGAGAAGCCCUACGAAUGUAAGGAGUGUGGGAAAAGUUUCCGUUCGAAUUCAGUCCUGAUUCAGCAUCAGAGAAUCCACACUGGGGAGAAGCCCCACGAAUGUAAGGAGUGUGGGAAAAGUUUCCGUUCGAGUUCAGUCCUGAUUCAGCAUCAGAGAAUCCACACUGGGGAGAAGCCCCACGAAUGUAAGGAUGAAUGUUGGAAAACUUUCAGUUGUAGCUCCCGUUUUGUUGUACAUCAGAGAAUCCACACGGGAGAGAAACCUUAUGAAUGCCAAGAGUGUGGGAAGGCGUUCAAUCAGAAAGUCACCCUGGUACAGCAUGAGCGAGUUCACACGGGGGAGAAACCUUACGAGUGUGAGACGUGUGGGAAAACCUUCACAUGGAGUGCAAGUUUCAUUCAGCGUCAGAAGUGGCAUACUAGGAAGAAACCCGUCCAAGUCACGGGGCCAUCUGUAGUUACACCCCACGCCCCUUCUCCAGUCCUCUCCCUUCUGCCUGCCCCACCUGUGUGCUCUGCCGCAGCCAUGCCAGGGUCUCCCCCAUCUUCUCCGCAUGCAGGGCUACUCCCAUCCUCUGUGCUGCUCCUCCUGCUGCUCCCCUUAUCUGAGAUGGCCGGUUCUUCCCGUGGCCAAAUAGUGCAUUUCUUCCAGGAUCUUGCUUCUCCUGGGAAGUCACCCCUUGUAGCCUGA